GAUCAAAUGGCCCGCCUCAUGUCAUUGCUUGAAUCAUCCAAUGCAAGUCAGUAUAAUGGACCCUUUGUCGCAGACGGAGAUUGGACGGGGUGAACUGCGCAACGGAGUCUUCCUCAGCGCCAGGGAGUUGAUGAUGAUCACCAGGACCAGGGGAUUCAGCAGCCGGCCGCCGAGGGCGGAGGCCGCAGUCCUCCACGGAUGCUUAUUAAAGAUGAAGGCGGUCUUCCUCCUCCUCUUCUUCUUCCUCACCCUACUUAUAAUAAUAACUGUCACCCUAAAGGCGGUGCCGUCUACGGCACCGGCAAUGCAACCUCCUCUCCAUCAACACUACUCCUCACUCCACAGCAAAGGAUACACCAUUUUGAUGAACACGUGGAAACGAAGCGAUCUUCUCGUGCAAUCGGUCUCCCACUAUUCCUCGUGCCACGGCCUUGCUUCCAUACAUGUCGUCUGGAGCGAGCCCGACCCUCCGCCCCCUUCGCUCAUCCACCGCCUCAAAAGAGCCGUCCGUUCGCGCUCGUCGCCAGCCAACGGUCAGCGGGUCGAACUCGUAUUCGACAUCAACGCCGAAAGCAGCUUGAACAACAGGUUCAAGGAGGUCAACGGUUUGCAAACCGACGGUGUGUUUUCAGUUGACGACGACGUGCUCCUUCCGUGUUCGUCCGUGGUUCUCGCCUUCGACGUCUGGCGCAGUGCCCCCGAUACCAUGGUGGGAUUCGUUCCCCGUGUUCAUCACUCGGAUGAUGGUGGGGGCAUUAAUGGGGAGAGGUACAAGUAUGGUGGGUGGUGGUCAGUGUGGUGGAUGGGAAGAUAUAUUAAAAACCGCCGCUGGACGCCAUCUCUUCCUUUCGCCUUCUUCACUACCGUCCGUCUGCAACUCCACUGCUCACCCGACUCGUUCUUCUUCCUGUCCAGGUCAGUUCCUUCUCUCGCCGCCAUGAUUGUCUCGGAUUCCGAUUCGGCUACCCCAUCGCCCAAUUCUCGCCAAGCCGGCCAAUCGGCCUCUGACCGUAACCCCGGCCACACUCCAUCACCCCGGCCGUCGCCGUCGGCCGUGCCUGGCCACAAAUGGCGUCGAUUGAGGAAGCAAUACCCUUCCUCAACCCUGGUAGAUGAGGGCUCAAGGGUUGAAUUGGACGAAAACAUCAUGGCGUUGUGCCAUUGUCAAAUUACUGGCCGGGGGUUCGCCGAUGCCACUGACAUGGUUGGACCCUCCAUCGAGGUCAUGAGACCCACCAGUACUCAAACUGCUCUAGACGCACCGUCGGGGUUCUUCACGGUCCAUCUGGCGUCUUUGAAGAAGGGGCUGCGCUUCCCACUCCACCCGUUGUUGAUCGAAUUCCUCAACGUGGUGGACCUUCUCCCGUGCCAACUGGUCCCCAACUCUCACCGGUACAUCGCCGGUUACCUGGUCCGGUGCAGAGAUAUAGGGGUGAAUCCGACCUUGGACCAUUUCAUAUUCACCUUCAAACUGACCAAGGGCCAUAAGGAUUGGGCGUCCUAUGCCAGUCUUUCCCAGAGGUCCAGUAAACUCUUUGCUAGUGAUAAGAAGGGGUCAACCAAAGAUUGGAAGCCUUUCUUUGUCUUCGUUUCGACGGGGCCCGAAUCUCCUUUCACGGGUUCAGGGCGCCCUUCCUUCCGUCGCAUCCCACGCCCCCCACCUGAUGCCACCCUUUUGUCUAUCACUCGCCAAUUCUGCAAUAAGGGAGUUAUGAACAUCAAAGAGGAUGAGCUUCGCCACCAACCCGACCUACUGAGGGACAUCCCCGGGGGGCAUCAGCCUGACCAGCUGAAGGACAUUCCUGAGGAAGGUCUUGAUUGUGGUCCUUUUGUGGAAUUACAAGAUUCAGGAGAAGAGAUGGACAGCGAUCUCCUGCUCAGUCGCUUCACCGCAGGGAGGAAAAGGAAGAGAGAGACAAGGGGCCAGGGCAAACGUUCUUCAUCCCACCACGAGGAGGGUCCUUCUCGAAAGCCGGUCGUAACUGUGGUGGAGGACCAAGAAGAUGCUACCCAAGAACCGGGUACCAUGGCUGGCCAGUCCCCUCCACACCCCGUGACUGGCCAGCCAUCACCACCCGCAGUGACCUACGAGGUGGCGACCGGGGGUCGCUCGACGAGGCUCUGCAUCCCUCCCCUGCCCCAAAGCCUAGGGGACGUACAGCUGGAGACUCUUAUCACUCUGCCUGCAGAAGACCAGGCUCGUAUCUCGGCAGGCUCCGAGGACGACCUUGACAACAUGGUCCUUUUAAGGCUCAGUCAGGCUACACUGGGGAUGAUUGAGGUGGUCGGCCGGAAACGGGGUCGCCAGGCCGCCGCGGACGAGGAGAACCGCUGCGUCGCCCUUGAGGCAGACAAGGCCUCCUUGUCCUUGGAGGUAGAAUCUGUUUCUGCUCGAGUGGUUGAGCUGGAAGGGGAGAAAUCUGAUCUGAUCCAGCAGCUGGAGGUGGAGAGGAGCGAUCGGGUCCGCCAUGCAGAGGGAGCGGUAGAAUCCUUCAAGUCCUCUCCUGACUUCACGGUAGUCGCAAUGGAGCGGAUGGAAGAACUAACGGCCGCUUGGCUCAAAACUGAACCUGAGGCCCAAUGGAUGGUCAAGGAGGGAACCAAGUCCUUCAAUUGCGGACUCUUCCAUGCCCAACAGGUCUUCCACAACAGGCUGGCCCAGCUCCCUAAAGGAUUCUCUCUCCCCGACCUUGGCUUCCCUCCUCCCUGCCGCUCCUUGGCCGAGUUCGACCCCAGUCCCUAUCUGGACGGGGGGAGCUCGAGUGCGUCGGAAGAGGAGGAAGAAGAAGAAGUGGAAGGAGAUGUAUGGGGAAGUAUCCUUCCUAACGUAGAGAUUGUUCUCAACUGUACUGUAGUAGAUGCAAGAGAUUAUCCUUGAAAUGUAAUGAACAUUUCUGUGACUG